UCGUCUCUUUGCUGUGUCUUGCCUCCACCCAACACUCGUUGUCGCGAUAGCCAUUCCGUGCUUGUCGUGCUUGUCUGCCUUGGCGGCAAAGCCCAUCUUUUCGAACAAUCAAUCGCCCCUGCAACACACUCUUUGAUCAACUCCAAACGACUGUCGUUUGACAUCACCUCCAGACGGACCUUCGCUGUGCGAGGCCGUCACAUUCCACCUGCCAGCUUCCCACCCCUGCGAGAAAAAACCUCGACCCUCCGUCACAGGGGAAGCGACCUCACAAUCCAUUACGACUUUGCGACUCCACGCUUACCGCGACUACACACUAUUGUAAUAGCAAGACAUUGGCCAUAAUGAGAGCAUUUGGAUACGCGUCCGCUGCGGCGGCAUCCAUUGCCCUUCUGGGCAGCGCAGUUGCUGCUGCCGACCUGCCCUCCAUCGUUAUCAAGGGCAGCAAGUUCUUCUAUGAGAACAAUGGCACUCAAUUUUUCAUGAAAGGCGUUGCCUACCAACAGGACUACACUGGCAAUGGCACAACCACCAGCGACAACAGUCAGACUUACUCCGAUCCAUUAGCCAACGCCGACGCAUGCAAGCGCGACAUCCCCUACCUCCAGAAGCUUUACACCAACACCAUCCGUGUCUACGCCAUCAACCCGUCUUCAAACCACGACGAGUGCAUGAGCGCGCUCGCCGCCGCGGGCAUCUACGUGAUCGCAGAUUUGUCUGCGCCAGUCCAGGGCUCUUCCAUCAAUCGAGACGACCCAGCAUGGAACGACGCGCUUUACGAACGCUACACAUCCGUCGUUGAUGCUAUGGCCAAGUACACCAACGUGCUCGGUUUCUUCGCCGGUAACGAGGUUUCCAACGCACCAAACAACACCGAUGCGAGCGCAUUCGUGAAGGCUGCUGUCCGUGACACCAAGGCGUACAUCAAGGCGCAGGGCUACCGCACGAUCGGUGUAGGAUACGCCACCAACGACGACGCCGAUAUCCGUGAGAACAUGGCCAACUACUUCAAUUGCGGCGACCAAGCCUCUGCCAUUGACUUCUGGGGCUACAACAUCUACUCGUGGUGCGGUGACUCUUCAUACACCAAGUCUGGUUACGACGUCCGCACCAAGGAAUUCUCCACCUACUCUGUCCCGGCUUUCUUCGCUGAGUACGGUUGCAACCAGGUCCAGCCACGUACGUUCACCGAGGUUCAGGCUCUCUACGGCCCCAAGAUGACGCCAACAUGGUCUGGUGGUAUUGUCUACAUGUACUUCCAGGAGGCCAACGACUACGGUCUUGUCACCGUCUCCGGCAAUACCGUCACCACCAACGAUGAUUUCGACAACCUCAAGAACCAGCUCGGCAAGAUCUCCCCAACUGGUGUCAACUCUGCUUCUUACAGCCCAACCAACACCGCAGCAUCCUGCCCAAGCGAGGGAUCUGACUGGAACGCAAAGGCCACUCCUCUCCCACCAUCUCCAAACAAGCAGCUCUGCUCGUGCAUGUACUCCUCCCUUGGCUGUGUCGUUGCCGGCUCCACCGACCCCAAAAACUAUGGCAAGCUCUUCGGCACUGUCUGCGGUCUCGGCGACAACGUCUGCGCUGGCAUCACCGCCAACGCCUCCACCGGAAGCUACGGCGCCUACAGCAUGUGCAACUCCACCGAGCAGCUCGCCUUCGCCUUCAACCAGUACUACCUCAGCCAGAACUCCGCUGCUGAUGCUUGCGACUUCAAGGGCUCAGCAGUCACCAAGUCCGCCACCACUGCCUCCGGCACAUGCGAGACCCUCAUGUCUCAAGCCGGAACCGCCGGCACCGGAACUGUCACCUCCUCCCCAACCGCCAAUUCCAACGACCAAGCCAAGGUCUCCGGCGGCUCUGCUGCUUCCAGCGCCGCAGGUGCUUUCGUCGGUGCUCCAAGCGCGACCACCAGCAUGCUUCCCGUCAUUUUCAUGCUCGCUCUCGGUGCAUUUUCUGGCAUGGGCAUGAUCCUGCUGUAAGAGUGAGUAGGUGGUUCUAGUUUCUACGGUUCUACGGCACGGAGGUUGGAAAGCCAGCAAGCGAGCUUAUUGUGAUGUGAUAGCGUUCAUAUGGAAUUGGGAAGAGAGGAUUUUUCCUCACGCCGAUAUGUGUUUUUAAGCUUAAUGAAGCCUUUGCGGCUGUUCUGCAUAGAAUGAAAGAAAGAUUUGCAAGGCAACUUCGGCGUUGAUAUCCAGUACGUGUGUGUGUGUGUGUGUCUUUUUGGUUUUUAGGUUUAGUCCAAGAUUGAAUGUGAAGAAAAG